AAACUUUAUUCAUGAAUGAUAACACAAGGGGAACUAUGAAACCCGCUCCGAUUAAAGAAGGGAGAUAGUUGAGGAAGAUGAAGAAUCAAACACAAAAAUAAAAUAAAAAAACUUCCUUUCUCCAUCUUCUCUCCCGCCGUUUCUAACAUUUUCCUCUGUUUUUUUUCUCGGAAGGAGAGGUUUUUGUGAAUAGGUAGCUGCACCCACCUUAAAGAAGAUUACAUAUCUAUAUCUUUAAAUCUUCGAGCUUUCUUGAUGAAUAUAUAUACCUUCUUCUUCUUCUGGGUUUAGAGAAUCAUCACUUAUCUUCUCUGUUUUGACUUUGCAGAAACUUUCUCGCAAUUUGUUAGUCGUUAAAGGUUCCUCCUUUUAUUAGAUUCAAAGUUAGUUUGUCUUUAUCUUAGGCUUUUGUGUCUAGCCAUGGAUUCUGAACAGAGUUUUCCAUCAAGAGACGUUGUGAAGUGCUGUUAUGAUUAUUCCCUUGGGGCAGACCCUUGGACUAGAACGGUGAAGAGAAAGCUCAAAGAAGAAGGGAACACGUUGUUGUUGUUGUCGUCACGAGGCUCUUCUGAUUUAUCUUCAAACGCAAGGUUACUAGUUGAGAACGACUGUGCUGCUCUACUCGAGGAUCUUUCUACCCAAAGGAGCACAGUGAAAGAUCUUCACCUGGAGCUCGAAGAGGAGAGAAACGCUGCUGCUUCAGCAGCUAACGAGACAAUGUCGAUGAUACUUAGGCUGCAGAGUGAAAAGGCUGAGAUACAGAUGGAAGCUCGGCAGUUCAAAGCGUUUGCUGAGGAGAAGAUGACGCAUGACCAAGAAAAGCUCAAGGUUCUUGAAGAGUUGUUGUAUGAGAAAGAGCAAGCUAUCGAGGCAUUGGCUUACGAGGUUGAAGCUUACAAGGAUGGGUUGCUGAGCUGUGGGAUAACAGAAGCAGAGAUGCAUGAUCAGAUUCUUGGUUUUGGUAGAGACUCUAGCACUGUUGGUGGUAUUGAUGUUUACCCCUGCGAAUACACUGUGAAAUGUAGUGUGGAUGAUGAGAAUCCGAGUGGACCGGAUGGUGAUAAUGUUGAGGUUGUGGAGAAGGUGAUGGUUGGUCAGUCUCCAAACUCUCCUUUAGGAGCUGGAAAAGAGAUAAAUGGAACAUGUUUUGCAGACUCUCCUAUGUCUUUUUGUAGUAGUGAUAGAGUUUAUGCUAUUGACUCAAUUCAUGACGAUGAGCCUAGUAAGAUGAGCAAGGGAACCAGGUACCAAGAACCAGUGGUCGUGGCUCAGCAAGGAGUGAACGAGCCGGAUAUUGAGAAGCUUUACACAAGGGUUCAAGCACUUGAGGCUGAUAGGGAGUCAUUGAGACAGACCAUUGUAUCUAUGCGAACAGACAAAGCUCAGCUGGUGUUGCUGAAAGAGAUCGCACAUAGUUUAUCCAAGGGAACUGUCACAACAAAGAGGCGAAACCUAGUUAGCAAAAUGCCAUCUUUCAAAGCAUUAUGUGUAGUAACGGUCUUCAAGUGGAUUGUGUCUUUCGUUUCUUGGAGAAGGAAAGCCAAGCAAAACAAGUAUGUGUAUGAUCUUUCAGCAAAUAAUAUGGGGAUGCUUAUGAUGCUAGGCGAGGGAUCUCGAGCUAGGAGAUGGAGUUGUUUAACAAGUUCACAUGUCUAGUAGAUAUCUCUAUUCUUUUCUCUUGGCAUAGUUGGUGCAAAUUCAAUGUACAUUUCUCUUUUAUUGCAAAGACAUCCGAUCAGUGACAUGUAUUUUCUGGUUCAAUGUAUCAGUUCAAAGUAAAUUGUUUUCUUUUAUUUAUGGA